GUGCGGACGAUGAGGGUCGCGUUACGAGAAAGGUGUCAAGCGCCCCGGGCGGCAGACCCAGCGUGUGCAGCGCGCAUUCUUUCCUGGAAACGGAAGAUUCUUCCAGCAGAAGUAAGCGAUCGUUGGUCAAGAGCAAUUCAGACACGUUCGCAAAACUCACUUCAGAUCCGCAACCUUUGGCCAAGGCGUCGUCCGAUGGCAACUGUUUCAGGAAAUGCUCGCCGUCGACGUCCCUGGCCGCGAGCAUGACAUCCAACGGGAAUGUCAUGAUCAGUGUCACGGACUACCUUUUCUUGGGGAGUGUUGAGGCGGCGUACAACGAGCCGUUACUGUGUAAGUACGGCAUCUCCUCCCUGAUAGACAUGACCAACACCAGCCCGGGUCUUGUUCCCGCCAACAAAAAAUCUGACUGCCCUUGCGCAUGCGCCCACCAAACUCACUUCCGCUCAAAACUGAACAUCGGCGUCGAUGACAUUGAAUGGGAGAAUUUGGAACAAUAUUUCGGAGAAAUUAACGCUUUCAUCAACGGCGCCCGGAAAAUGGGGCGCCGAGUUCUAGUAUUCAGCUACAUGGGUCAGUCUAGGGCGCCGGCAGCCGUUAUCCAGCACCUUAUGCAACAUUUUAAGAUGCCGUACCGGGACGCGAUAAACAUCGUUCGUGCCAAGCGGCCUAAGGUGAAACUCAACUCGGGGUUCGUCAAAGCUCUGUGCCGCCUGGAGAAGCGAUUGGGGCUGCAGGAGACGGACAGUGCCUUGGCGGUCAGGGAGGCAACGCGGAGGGCGGAGUCGCCGAGGGUGUCCUGUGGUUCCGUGGAAGAGUUGGAAACAUUGGCCGUGCCCCCCGUGGUCAGAGGUGCGUGGCUGGAGUGCUAAACAUAGACGGAGUUCGGUGUUUCAUGUACUUUGAAGGCGUUUGAUGAUUCAAAAGUUGAAUAGGUAAACAUAUGUUAAAUAUUUAUUUUUAGAUUGAAUGGACUCAGUUAUGCCGAUAGCUUUGUGUUUAAUUUUUUUUGCCAAACUUUAUUUGUAUGUGUUGAAGCUGUAUCUGGAUGUUCUUGUUUCAAGAAACUCAAUAGAACAUUUCGAUAAAAAUUGGAUAACGUUAAUUUUGAGUUGAUUCAUAUUUUGUAAUAUGUCAUGAAACUCUAAUAUUAUCAAAUAUUUAUAAAAGGAAAUGUAAUGAUAUAUACGUCGGACGCAUUGGCUUGGUUUAAACAAGAGAUUUUAAAAAGUUAAAUGAAAUCCGGAAACAAAAUAUUGUUUCGGAUAAACUGAUCUAUUUUUAACUCAAACUUUUUCUUUAUUGACAAGGUUUGUGCUAUUUAAUGAAUGGAAUCAAACUGAAUGUCUGUCAGACAUGGCCAAAACUUGCUAUACAAUUUUACAUUGAAGUCGUCCUACGUCGGCCUGUCGAGAUCUGCAGUUAUGGAAUGUUCCUUAACUCUACUCUGUCCAUUACGUCAUCUCCGUCUGAUCCACGCACUUGAGUAAAUGAUAAAUGAUGUGUUCAUUUUCUUAUGACGCCAACAUAAAUAUAGCAACAAUCUCUGAGGUUCAAUGAGAAAUGAUGGAGUCACGUCGUCAUGUUUAUAUCAACAUCAUGUCAGAUGACCUGGUGGACAACAUGUCAGAUGACCUGGUGGACAACAUGUCAGAUGACCUGGUGGACAACAUAUCAGAUGACCUGGUAGACAAAAUGUCAGAUGACCUCGUGGAAAACAUGCC